UACCCUGUAAUAGGGAUACUAACAGACACCGUCAAUCCGAAACUAGAAGGCACAGAUGAAAAUUCUACCGAAGCCCUGGAUCGCUUCAAGUACCAUAAGGACGUAUACAAACAGCAGGGUGAAUCGGAAAGGGAGUAUCGAAUGAAGAGAACUCGUUCUACACGCUUGAGCAAGAGACAAGGCUCGGACAUGGAUCCUGACAAACAGGUUUUGACUGGAAUACCAGGUCAGACGGCCCGGGAGGUCUGCGAACACCCUAGCUCAGUCGGGUAUGACAUUGUCUCGUUUGUCGACAGAAAAAGCUGCGAUCUCACAAAAAGGAAUCUCUACGAUCUUUGUGCCGGUAGCAUCACGACUAAUUGUUUCGACGUCAACAAUACGAUUGUCAUUGGAGCUCAGGGUCUCACAGGGAGGAGCAGAAACACCUCCAAAAGGCAAAUCGCAAAGCUUUACAAAACACGAGCUCACUGGAAAUGA